AAAGUAAAAAAAACACCCUCCCUCCAUUUCUCUCAGGCUGCCGGCGAAAUGAAAUUCCGAUCAUUUCUAUCCACAUGCUCCGCCACCAUCUGCACAGCUACCGACGACACAACCACCCUAAACCAUCCAAACAAAUCCCAACAACCCACACCUAACCGCUUCUUCUCCGACACAAGCAGCAUCAUCUCCGACACAACCAGCCCCUCAUUCGACACCAGUUACAACAGCCUCCACAGCAACCUCUCUCUCCAAACCCUACCCUCCAUCCCAUCCCUCCAAAAACUCUCACCGGAAUCCCUCCACCUCACCGUCUCCCACCGCUACCUCACCUCCUUCACCCCCUCCCCCACCGCCCACAUCAACUUCCUCGCCGUCAACAACAACCUCCUCUACGCCGCCUCCGGCAACCUCAUCCACGUCUUCGACACGACGUCGUUUACGUUACUAGACACAUUCUGCGUCCACGAUCCCGCUUCCGGUACCGUUAAAUCCAUACUGUUCCGUAACAGUCCUAACGGAAACAUAUUUACAUCUCAUCAGGAUAGUAAGAUAAGAGUCUGGAAACUAACGGAAAACAAACGGCAUAAACAGACCGGAACGUUACCGACGUUAGAAGACCGUUUACUGCGGUCGUUUUUUAAGAAAAACUACGUUAACGUGCGCCGUCAUAGACGGCGGUUAUGGAUCGAGCACCACGACGCCGUUUCAGGUCUAGCGAUGAUAAACAAUCAGUUAAUGUGUUCGGUUUCAUGGGACAAAUGUCUAAAAAUCUGGAAAACUUCAAAUCUCCGGUGUGUGGAGAGCAUAAAAGCACAUGAUGACGCCAUUAACGCCGUCGUGGCGGCUAACGACGGGACGAUCUACACCGGAUCCGCCGAUCGCCGGAUUAAAGUAUGGGGGAAAACAGAAUCUAAACACGUGUUAAUUGCCACGUUGGAAAAGCACAAGUCAGCAGUGAACGCACUGGCUCUAAACGACGACGGAUCAGUUUUAUUUUCUGGCGCGUGUGACCGGUCUAUUUUAGUGUGGGAAAAAGAAGAUAGUGCCGGUUAUAUGGCGGUUACCGGUGCGUUACGGGGUCACUCGAAGGCGAUAUUGUGUUUGAUUAAUGUUUGUGAUUUGUUGUUCAGUGGGUCGGCUGAUCGGACGGUUAGGAUAUGGCAACGUGGUGCUGUGGGGAAGUUUUGUUGUUUGGGUGUGUUAGAUGGGCAUAAACAACCGGUACGAUCACUUGUGGCGGAUCCGGAUUCGGAGGUCGUGGAGUCUAAAUGUGGAUCUAGGAUUAAGGUUUUUAGUGGGAGUUUUCAAGGAGAGAUUAAGGUAUGGAAGGUUGAGGUUUUGAAAAUCGACACUCCUCUUCGUAAAACUAAGCCAUGAUAGACUUAGAUUUAGUUCUCUCUAUUCGUUUUGGGUAUUAACCGUAUUGAGGAUUGAAUGCAAUAAAAGUUUAAACAUUGUUAUAAGUUUUAGUUAGAACAUGAAAUUUGUAACGAUUUCUCAUAAUGUUUAUAAUUUAUUGUAUGAAUUACUAUUGUAUGUAAGGUUUUAUUGAGUGAAACAGAUUAUUUGAUGAUUU